AUCUCGUCAAAAAAAUACAUUUAUGAAUAUAACAUGUGAUAAUACUUAAAGACUGUGUUUACUGAACUGCACUUUACCAAACGGUGGAAAUGGUGUAAUUAAUGAAAUUAAAAUAUAAUGUAAAAGUUCGUUUAAAAACGUCGGAGUAAAUGACAAUUAAAAUUUAAAGUGACAACUAUAAGAAAAAAGUCAAGCUCGCACAAUCACGAAACAUAGUUCACAAAGUAAACACACCUACGAAAUUUACAUAUUAAUUUAAAGCAAAAUGUCUUGCAACUAUGCUGAUGGUUUAUCUCCGUAUGAAUAUAAAGGGGAAGUUGGUAUGAAUGAAGUUUUUGAUACUCCUGAAGUUUUGAAACAAAAGAUUUCGCUUCUUGCUGAGUGGGUCAAAGAUUCAAAAUAUACAGUUUUUCAUACAGGUGCUGGUAUAAGUACAUCAGCGGGAAUACCAGAUUUUCGAGGACCAAAAGGAGUAUGGACUUUAGAAAAAGAAGGAAAAAAACCAGAAGUUAAUUUAGAUUUCGAUGAUGCUAAACCAACAAUUACUCAUAUGGCAAUCAAAAGCUUGGUUAAAAAAGGUUAUGCAAAAUAUGUUGUCAGUCAGAAUAUAGAUGGUUUGCAUUUGAAGUCAGGAUUACUUCGUCAACAUGUUUCUGAAGUUCAUGGAAAUAUAUUUACUAUGAGAUGUAACAAAUGCAGAAGGAGCUAUGUGAGCAAAACUGCUGUAAAAACAGUUGGACAGCGAUGCUUAGAUAUAAAAUGUUUUGGAAAAAAUAAGAAUGGUAAUCAAUGCCGAGGUAUUUUAUAUGAUACAAUAUUAGACUGGGAACAUCAAUUACCCACUGAAGAGCUGGAGUUAUCGGAGUUACAUUCAAAAAUGGCUGAUUUAUGCAUUUGUCUUGGAACUUCAUUACAAAUUCAACCAAUCAAUCUUGUCCCAUUUAAUGCGAAGAAAAACAAAGGAAAAGUCGUUAUUUGCAAUUUACAAAAAACCAACUGUGAUCGUAAAGCAGAUUUAGUUAUUCAUACAUAUGUAGACAGUUUGAUGAAGUCUCUAAUGGAUAUCAUUGGAGUAGAAAUUGAUGAAUACGACGAGAUGAAAGAUCCAACAAACAUAAAUUCUGAAACCACUGAUUGGACAAUUUAUGAAAUAGAUUUAAAAAAAGUACGAGACAUUAAAAGAAACACUACAAAAUCGAAAAAACGGAAAAAGUCUGAAGCAAAAUUUUCUAAUACGGAAUCAGAAACAGAAUUGCCUUGUAAUAAUCAAGUUCUUAAGCCAUCAAAAAUUUCUAAACUCAAUAAUAUUGAUAAUAUUAUAAAACAAUAACAAAAUAAUUAGGUUCUUCAAUUAUAUUUAUAAUUUUUGUAUUUAUAUAAAUCUUUUAAUACAUUGUUCUGCUAACAAUUUCUUAAAUAAAUUUACAUUAAAAAUAUUUAACUUAUAAACAUGAUAUAAAUCUAAUUAUAAAAAUGGCAAAAAUUCAAUAUGAUACAAAUCGAGUGACUAUAGUCUUAAAAACAGCUACAGUUUUUGGCAAGCCUUGGCAUAAACAAGUUAAAAAGUUACAAGUUAAUAUUAACUUUUUAACUUAAAUUUUAUAAAUUAAUUUUCAUUAACUUAAUUUUUAACUUAACUGGUUUUUGUUGAUAUAAACGUAAUAAAUAAAGAGUUAUUAAUUAAGUUACAUUAAUUUAAAAAUAAUAAAUAUAAUACAAUAAAUAUUUUGCCUAAACAUUUACUUUUUAUUAUUUUAAAUCUUAUUACUGGCUAUUUAUAUAUCAAAAGAAACUUAAUGUAACCUUUUUAAAAUGUUUUAUUUCAACUUAACUUAACUCAAUUAAUAAUUAUCACUAACAUGCCAAGGCUUGGCUUUUGGUACUGUUUAAACGCUACUUUUUACAAGUAUUUACAGUUUUAACCAAUAAAAUGUUUCUAGUUUAUCCAAAAUAAGAUACAAAAAAUGUAUUCUAAAUUUAAACAAAGUUUACACAUCCUAAUAAAAUACUGAAAAUUUGUCACUGCUAUAUAAUGAACUCAAGUUUCAAUAAAUGUAAACUGUCUAUGCAGUGGUGGUUUGAAAGAGAGGUGAUAUCAAUUUUUGACCAUUCUCAGACUACUUCUUAUAGCGGUAAAUAAUAUAGUUUCGUUGCUUUAUUAUAUAUUUUAUUCGACGAAAAUAAGCAAAAGAGGGAAGGAUAUACCCCCCCCCUCCAUCAUGGGUAUGAUACUUUGCCUAUGUGUUCUAACUGGUAAAAUAGAUGGACACUAAUCAAUUUAAAUUUAAAUUAUCUCAAAAUCAUAAUAUUCUUAAUUUUUUCUCGAAUUAUUACUUUUUCUCUCUUCCUUAUCUCAAAACCCACCAUUGAUUCGAGGUCUGUUCAAAACUAUAUAUUACUCAUGUUUGAAAAAAAAAAUAGAAAAGACUGUCAAAGAAAUACAAUUUUAUGUACAUUGUAUUUAUUUUUAUUUAUUUUAUUAUAAGCUGGUUCAUAGGGGUCUGAUAAUAGAUCAAUUCACUCUAAUAUAAAUUAAGCUAACAACACAAAAUUGAACUGCUGAACGUAUAUUUUAAUAUUAUAUUAUACGUUAGUAAGAAUGUCAGACACUAAGAGAACGUUACACGUGCAUUUUUUUCCUUCUUACAAGUGCGUAACAUAGCAAAUUUUGUGCCCAGCAAAAAACGUUUAGCUCCGUUAGUUUAAAAAUUAUAGUUAAUUCACAUCUUACAAAAUUUAAAGGUAAGAUUAUUAUCUAUGGAAACUUAUAGGCUUAUUAUUAUAAUAUUUUAAUGAGUAUUUUAAAAUUGUAAAUAUUUUGUACAUUUUAAAAUACUCAUAAACUUGCUUUAAAAUUAAAAUAUAAUAAAAACCCUAUGAGAUACCCUAGAUAAUAAUCUUACCUUUAUAUUUUAUAAGAUGUGAAUUCACUCUAAUUAUUAAACUAAUUGAACUAAACAAAGCUAAAUUAGCGUAAAGUUUGUUAUGUAACGCACUUGUAAGACGGAGACAACAAAAGUCCGUGUAACGUUAUCUUAUAGAUUUGACGAUGUUCAUUUGACCAUUAGUAUUGUGAUUGAAGAUUUCAAUGCUAUAACUGGAAAAAAUAAUCGAAUUAAAAAAUGAAAAAACCUUUUGAUUCACUAUAUUAUUUAAUUUAUUAUACAACUGGUUUGAGUUUUUUUUUUUUGAACAUACCUCGUAUGCCAUUGCCUUUUAUUGACAACUAGUGGUAUAAUUAACAAAAUAAACUAGUUUUAUUUAAAAACUGAACUGAUAGAUGCUAUAAUAUUAAAAUUAUAUUCAAUGUAUAUGUAUAAAAUUAAUAUUUAUUUAUUAUUCAAUAUAUUGGAAUAUAAUAAUGUGCUUUUUAUAAUCAUAUUUAAUAGUCAAUAACUUUAAGUUUUUUUCUAUCUGUUUUAAAAAAAAACAUUAACAGCUAAAUAAGCAAAAUUUUUAUUUUGGGGUAUUUCUUUUGCUUUAUUUAGGGUGAGUUUUUAUAAAUUAUUGAAUAAAUAUUAUUUUAAUUUAAAAUUGCCACACAAAUCGCAAUAAUGAUUAAAAUGAUUAAAUUAGCAUACAUUACCGAAGAAUAAAUAUAUAUUAUAAUUAUUUGUUAUCAUAUUUUUAGUUCAUUGAAUAACUCUUUGAAUUAAUUAUUUAAUACAUUUUAAUUAAAAUGAAAAGUAAUUAGGUAUCUAAAAUAUUAAUCAUGUUUUUAUAAUUUGUAUUAUUAAUAAUAGGUUUUUAAAUAUGUAUAAUUUAUAAUAGAAUAGCUCUUUGAAUUAAUUGUUUAAUUAAAAUUAAAUGCAAAGAACCCAAUUUAAAAAUGUUUUAUACUAAACAAUUCAAUUUUAAUAAUAUGUAUAGUUAAAUUAAAUUAGUAAAAAACUCAUAUAAUUAAUCAAUAACAAAUGUGUCAAAAAACCAAGAAUUUUUUAUACUGUGUAUAAUUUAUUUAAUGCAUGCAUUGUUUAUUUUUAAUUUUAAAUUAAGUUUGAUUAUAAAAGAAAAUUGUAUAUAUUUUAUGCACAAUAUAAACAAUAAUAAAGUUAACACUAAACAAAAUGCUAGAACAUUUUGAUAAAACCGUUUCAUGAGUUUUGAGUUUAUGACUUAAGUAUAAAUAGUAUCAUGUAUUUAUAAAAUUCUGUUUGGCUUACCAAUAUUAGAGUAUCAAAAACUAAAAAUAAAUGUCAAAAUUAUUAAAUUAUACUCCAUUGAUUCCUUUUAUUAGAAUAUUUAGAAAAGUUUUAUUAGUUAUUACACUUUUGAAUAGUGUUUUAAACCCCUGGAUUUUUACCUAAUUUUUCUUAGUACCUAAAUGAUUGCUGAUCAGAUAUCCGUUAUUUUUACUGUCCCAUCCAAAACAUUUCAUGGACCAUAGUGUUUUAAUUAAUGUUUUCAACUAAUUAGUGGUUGGUGACCCAAGGUUUUCGUGGUUUCGUUCGCACCUAUUGAAUAAAUAUAUUUAUUAUAUAAAUAUCAACUUGUUGAAUAAUUUAGUCAUUUUAUCGUUAAAUCUGGUGUGCCUCAAGGGGGUCAUUAUUUGUCCAUCUCUUUCUGUUUAAUAUUUUAAUUAAUACAUACAAUACAGUCUUCUCUUCAAUUUUUUAUCGUAUUUUAGAAUUCCUUAAUGAUAAAAAAUUAUUCCUUAUUAUAACAUCAAAAUUAUGUCCUUCUAUCGAACUCCCAAUCUUAUAAAAAAUAAUUAUUAUUUGGACAAUUCUAUUGAUGUCUCGCAUGACUUAUAAUUUUUCAUAAAGAUUCUGGUUUUAUUUUGAACUCUUCGUGUUUUUGCCCGCUUAUGGAUGUAAUGCAUGUACUUAGUUUUCCCGAAGGAUUUACUAACGUCAACGCUUGUUCAGUCACAUCUCAUUUAGCACUUUAAUCUAUUCUUUAGUAGGAAACGGUGUCUAUAUAUGUACCUACCAAAAUAGAUUGUAUCCGGAACCAAUUUCUCUGUUGAAUAAGUUAUACUUUUGAUUAUGAAGUAGGUAUUAUCACUAGGUCCUAGAUUGAAGAGUACUUUAUAUUGUGCAUUUAUGUGGAAAUAAAAAAAAAGCAAGACUUCUGUAAAAAUUAGUUUUAAGUCAAAUACAUAAAUAAUGUUUAAUAUAAUUUAUGUUUAUACUAAGCUUCUUAAAACAUUAUUUUAAUCUUAUGUAGGUUAGCAAUAUUUCUUUUAACUACCUACCUGGCUACCUAUAGUAUUUAUAAAUGACAUUAAUGUUGUAAGUAGCUCGUUAGCAAUAAUUCAUUUUUAUUUCAUAUUUGGUUGUUUAAAAAUGACAAUAGUCAACUGGACUUUUAGUUUUAUUCAGGAUGAUGGAUUAUUUGUAUUGUAUUUGUAUACAAUUAAAAUAAACUCAAUUUGUAUUUAACA